GUGACAGUCCUCCGCCGGUAGAGGGAGCACAGCUCAUCCAUAGCUGCUCUGUCUCUCGCAUAUCUCUCUAUGGUAAUAGCACGUGGAACAGAACCUGAACUCAUAAGACGUCGCCAUGUUUGAUACGGGGGAGUGGAACGAUAACCUGGAGGCGCAGACUCUGACGGAGAGUCUGGUGAGCACACAGAAGAGAUCUCCCGACACCCCGCAGGAGAAGGGCGCCAUCAGCAGGCGGAAAAGACUGAAGAGAAAUCGUCAGCUCCUGGAGAUCCUACAAACCCUGAAAUCCCCGAGCACCCAGAUCCCCGACCUCCCGCCACCCCCAGAAGUCGUCCAUUCUCCAAGGAAGCAGAAGAAGGUGACACCAGGUAUCAGUGCUACAAAGUCUUCCACACCCGAAUCCGAGGCUCCUUCCACCGACACAGGAACACAACUGAGCCGCAAGCAAUGGAAGAACAAAUUGAAGAACAGGAAGAGGAAUCGAAACAAGUUCAAGCCAUGUCCAGAGAAGCAGAAGAAUAUGAUGGAUAGUGGAAAGAAAGGAGAACAAGGGACAUGUGGGGGGAAGUCUGAAUGUGAUCCCCUAAGGGACCCAAGCAAGGACCAUGGUGGGAAAGGAAAGAGAUUAAAGAAAGACAGAGGAGGACCAGAAAGUGGGUCCCACAUAAUUGUCCAACCAGAAAGCGUAAAUGAGGCAGAAAAUGACACUUCCCUCCCUGGGGGUAAUCCUACAGCCAAAGAUAAAGGACAGAAGAAGGUCCACAGGAAGGAGAAGAUGCCAGGAGACAGUAAAUGUGAACCAGCUUCACCCAGAAUGACGCCAGUGGAGAAGGCCAGAUUGGAAAAGUUGAAGAAGCUGCUGAAGAAAGAAUUCGCUAGGGGGAAAAAAGAUAUGGCCCCUGAUGAGAAUCCUGAAGACACCGCUGGUGCGAAUGACCCAAUUCCACCAGAGGGAGAGGGAACAGACCGCUCCGCCACUCUGCGUUCCCGUAUGGAGCAGCGGCUGCAUUCUGCUCGCUUUCGAUACAUUAAUGAACAGCUGUAUACAUCAGAGAGUCAGGCAGCUGUACACCUCUUCCAGGGUGAUCCUGAGGCCUUCACCAUCUAUCACACGGGAUUCUCCCAACAGGUCCAACGCUGGCCCGUCAAUCCCAUCACCGAGAUCAUCAAAUAUGUCAAAAACAGGCCGGCCUCACUGGUGGUGGCAGAUUUCGGCUGUGGUGAUGCUCAGCUGGCACGCAGUGUUCGAAAUAAAGUUCACUCCUUUGAUCUGGUGGCUUUGAAUGAUCUUGUGACUGUGUGUGACAUGGCGCAGGUACCGCUGUCAGACGAGAUUGUCGAUAUCGCUGUCUUCUGUCUGUCUCUGAUGGGGAAAAAUCUCAGCGAUUUUCUAAAAGAGGCAAAUCGGGUUUUGAAGAUGGAGGGGGUGCUAUUGGUCGCUGAGGUCAGCAGUCGGUUUGAUGACGUCAGGCAGUUUCUUCCUGCCAUGUCACAGUUGGGAUUCAAGUGCGUGAAUAAGAAUACAGACAACAGUCACUUCUACCUCUUUGAGUUCAGCAAAAACCGCUUGGCUCGUGAUGCUUCCAAACAUCCAGGACUGCAGCUCAAACCAUGUCUGUACAAGAAGAGGUGAUUGGCCAGCACCCCCGGGACACUGGUAGUGAUUGGCCGUCCCGGACAUUCGGGACACUGGAGGUGACUAACUGGGAUAUUCAGACACCUGACUUGAUGUACCUGGGGCUCCUGCAACACUGAAGAUGAUUGGAUCAUUGGAUGGGCCCCUAGAGACAACUGAGGCAAUUGCCCAGGACCCCCAGAAGACUGGAAGCAAUUGCCCAGGACCCCCAGAACACUGGAAGCAAAUUGCCCAGGACCCCCAGAAGACUGGAAGCAAAUUGCCCAGGACCCCCAGAAGACUGGAAGCAAUUGCCCAGGACCCCCAGAAGACUGGAAGCAAUUGCCCAGGACCCCCAAAAGCCUUUAAGUGUUUAAAUACAUUUUAUUUUGUACAAAUCUUGUUGUUUUAUGCUGAUGACUGACUAUGUAUAUUGGGGUGGGGGGCAUACGGUGCGGAGCGGCAGACCGCACUCUUUUGGAGAUCUUACCAUAAAAUCUAUGGCCCCAGUGUACACCUGUCUCCAUAAAGUGCUUGUUUAUCAACCAUCA